UGUCCCGUUAACAGAAGUUGUAUUUCUUUCUAUUCGAACCCCAUUUCCAGUCUCGAUUCCCUCAUACCCUAAGACACCAUCUCUGUGUCUCUCGGAUUUACACCCUCCCUCUCUCUAUUUCUCUAUCUCUAGGGAAGAACUCGCAGUAUCAAUGGCGAAGAACAAGUUGCCCUUGCAGUCUAGCAACAACGCUAACAUUGCCAAUGGGAACGGGAAGACCAUCGAGGAGACGUACCAGAAGAAGACGCAGCUGGAGCACAUCUUGCUCCGACCGGACACUUACAUUGGGUCCGUUGAGAAGCACGUCCAGAAUAUAUGGGUAUGGGAGGACGGAUCUAUGAUCCAUCGAUCCGUCAGCUAUGUUCCUGGCCUCUACAAGAUCUUCGAUGAAAUCCUGGUUAACGCCGCGGACAACAAGCAGAGGGAUCCCAAGAUGGACUCCUUGAAGGUCGUCAUAGAUCCCGAACAAAACCUCAUUAGCGUUUACAACAAUGGCGAUGGUGUGCCUGUAGAGAUUCAUCAGGAGGAAGGGGUUUAUGUUCCAGAGUUGAUAUUCGGACACUUGUUAACCAGUAGUAACUACGAUGAUACGGUGAAGAAGACCACUGGUGGCAGAAAUGGUUACGGAGCCAAGCUUACCAACAUCUUCUCGACAGAGUUCGUGAUUGAGACUGCAGAUGGAAAGCGGAAGAGAAUGUACAAGCAGGUCUUCGGAAAUAACAUGGGACAGAAGUCUGAACCUGUAAUCACAACCUGCAAAGCAAGUGAGAAUUGGACAAAAGUCACUUUUAAACCUGACCUGGCAAAGUUUAACAUGGUUCAUCUUGAGGAUGACGUUGUUGCUUUGAUGAAGAAACGAGUGAUGGACAUGGCGGGAUGUCUUGGAGCAACAGUGAAGGUGGAACUCAAUGGGGAGCGGAUCCCUGUUAAGUCGUUCAAAGACUAUUGUGACCUUUACCUAAAAUCUUCAAGUGUGACAUUAGAAAACCCUAAAAGAGAGUAUGUGAAAGUUAAUGAUAGGUGGGAGAUAUGUGUUAGCUUGCGUGAAGGAUUUCAGCAGGUCAGUUUUGUCAAUGGGAUUGCAACAAUUAAAGGUGGAACUCAUGUGGAUCUUGUUGCAAACCAGAUUGCAAACCAUAUUGCUACUCUUGUAAACAAGAAGAACAAAAGUGCUAAUGCUAAAGCAAAUUCUGUAAAGAAUUAUCUAUGGGUUUUUGUCAAUGCUCUCAUUGAUAACCCUGCUUUUGAUUCCCAAACUAAAGAAACCUUGACUCUUCGCCAGAGCAGUUUUGGUUCUGACUGUGAACUCCCACCAGACUUCCUGAAGAAAGUGGAGAAGAUUGGAAUUGUGGAAGCGGUCCAAUCAUGGGCAGAGUUUCAACAGAAAAAAGCAUUGACUAAAACUGAUGGAAAGAAAACCAAACGAAUUCUUGUUGAGAAGUUGGAAGACGCUAAUGAUGCUGGAGGGAAAAACUCUGAAAAAUGCACCUUGAUUUUGACUGAAGGAGAUUCAGCCAAGGCUCUAGCUAUGGCAGGGGUUUCAGUAAUUGGCAGAGACCAUUAUGGCGUGUUUCCUUUGAGAGGUAAGUUGCUGAAUGUAAGAGAAGCCAGUACCAAACAGUUGGAGGACAACAAAGAAAUUAAAGCCAUCAAACAGAUUCUGGGACUACAGCAUAACAAAGAAUAUGACAGUGUCAAAACACUGAGAUAUGGUCACUUAAUGAUAAUGACCGAUCAGGACCAUGAUGGUUCCCACAUCAAGGGGCUUCUCAUUAAUUUUAUCCAUACAUUCUGGCCUUCAUUACUAAAAGUCCCUUCAUUUUUAGUGGAGUUCAUCACACCUAUUGUCAAGGCUACCAAAAAAGGUGGGGAGAAAAUGGCAUUUUACUCUAUGCCUGAGUAUGAAGCAUGGAAGGAGAGUUUAGGAGAUAAUGGCCGAGGUUGGUCUAUCAAGUACUACAAGGGGUUGGGAACAAGCACAUCGCAAGAAGGAAAGGAGUACUUCAGAGACCUUGAUAAACACAAGAAGAAUUUCCAAUGGGCGGAUCCUAGAGAUGGGGAGGCUAUAGAGCUUGCUUUUAGUAAGAAGAAGAUCGAAGCAAGAAAGAAUUGGCUGAGACAAUUUGAGCCUGGGACUCACCUUGAUCAGAGUGUGAAGAACAUCAAAUAUACUGAUUUUGUUAACAAGGAGCUUAUUCUGUUUUCGAUGGCUGACCUUCAAAGAUCUAUUCCAUCAAUGCUUGAUGGUUUAAAACCUGGUCAAAGGAAGAUCCUGUUCUGUGCUUUUAAGAGAAACUUCACCAAAGAAGCAAAGGUUGCUCAAUUCUCUGGUUAUGUUUCAGAGCACUCAGCUUACCAUCAUGGUGAACAGAGCUUGCAGGGUACAAUUGUUGGCAUGGCUCAGACUUACGUUGGCAGCAAUAACAUUAACCUUUUCCUGCCAAAUGGUCAAUUUGGCACAAGAAGUGCGGGUGGCAAGGACCAUGCCAGCGCUAGGUACAUUUACACUCAACUUUCGCCCGCUGCUCGAUUUUUGUUUCGCAAAGAAGAUGACACACUCCUUGACUACUUGAAUGAGGAUGGCCAGUCCAUUGAGCCUACUUGGUACGUCCCAGUCAUUCCAAUGGUACUAAUUAAUGGCUGUGAAGGAAUAGGGACAGGUUGGAGCACAUACAUCCCGAAUUACAAUCCAAGGGAUAUUAUUGCAAACAUGAGGUGCCUGUUAAAUGAUGAACCAAUGAAGCCCAUGGAUCCAUGGUAUAAAGGUUUUCAAGGAUCCAUUGAGAAAACAGCAACCAAAGAAGCUGGGGUUACGUACACAGUUACUGGAAUCAUUGAGGAGGUUGAUGAAACAACACUAAAGAUAAUAGAGUUGCCCAUUCGGAGAUGGACUGAAGAUUACAAGCAGUUUCUGACAUCAAUGAUGGCUUCAAAUGACAAGGUCAAGGACCCUUUCAUAAAGGAACUGAGGGAGUACCACGAUGUGAAUACCGUACACUUCGAAAUUGAACUUUCUGAAGAGAGUAUGAUGGUUGCCAAGCAAGAGGGUCUAAUCAAAAGAUUUAAACUGACAACAACAAUCAGCACAAGUAACAUGCACCUCUUUGACUCAAAAGGUGUAAUAAAAAAAUACGAUACACCUGAACAAAUCAUGGAGGAAUUCUUCAUUGUAAGGCUUGAGUUUUACGCAAAAAGGAAGGCAAUUCUGUUAGAAUUUCUUGAAACAGAGCUGCUGAAACUUGAUAACAAGGUCAGGUUUAUCCUAGGAGUGGUGAGAGGGGAGAUCAUUGUAAGCAACAGGAAGCGAGCAGAACUGUUGGAAGAGCUGAGAGAGAAGGGAUUUACUCCAUUCCCAAAGAAGGCUAAAGCUGUGGCUGAAUCAAGUGAGGAUGCAGAAGAGAACGAAGAGAGUAGUAGUCAAGUGGCAGCAGCAAAUGCAAAAGCCAGUGAUUAUGAUUACUUGCUGUCAAUGGCAAUUGGAACCCUUACUCUUGAGAAGGUUCAAGAGCUGUGUGCUGAAAAGGGAAAACUUGAUGCAGAGGUGGAGUGUAUGAGGAAAGCUACUCCCAAGUCUCUGUGGAUGAAAGAUCUCGAUUGUCUUGAAAUUCAGCUUGAUGAACAAGAUAAACUUGAUGCUGCUUCGGAGGCAGCGAACUCGAGAAAGAGUAAAGCGGUGGGGAGUGGCGGUAAAGCUGCUCAGGUGAAGGCAGCAGCGCCUAAGAAACCACGGAAUAAGAAAGCCACCACUGCCAAAGAAGCUGCUGCUUCUGAACCUAUGGAGGUUUCAGAUGGUUUUGUUGUGGACAAGGAGGUCCCUGAGAUUGUGCAGCCAAAAGGCAAAGGAGCUGCUGGUGGUGCAAAGAAAGCUGCUGCUGCUAAGAAGGGAAAAUCAUCAGUUAUGUUAAUAGAUGAAGAAGAAGAUGAUGUGGACGUUCUAGAGCUGAAAGAUAGGCUGGCCGCGUACAACCUUGACUCAUCACCUGAUCUGCCAGAAGCCACGAAGGCAGCAGCUGAAGUGCCCAAAGCCCAAAGAAAAGAAACCAUCAGCAAAAGAGCAAAGAAGCCGCCGCUGCCUGGUAAGAUUAAUAUCAGCGAUGAUGAUGAGGAUGAGGAUGGGGACUUUGAAGCACCGGCAGCAGAGAAAAAGAAGGGUGGCGGAAGGAAACCUGCAGCUAAAGCUCCUGCGGCAACAAAGAAAAGGGGACCCGCGGCUAAAUCCGUUGCUGCUGGGCAGAAACUGAUAACAGAAGUGCUGAAGCCUGCUUCUUCGCCUGAGAAAAAAGUAAGGAAGAUGAGGGCGUCUCCUUUUAACAAGAAGAGUGGGUCUGUGCUCGGCAGAACCAACAGCAGCAGCAUAGGCAGCUUGGGUGAUUUGACUACUGAAAGUGAAGAACAGCAACAGGAUGUGAGUGGAGGUUCUUCCGCAGCGUCAGCCGAUGACUCUGUGGCGGCGGCUACAAGAAGCAGACCACAGAGGUCAACCCGUCCGAGGACAACUUAUGUACUCAGCGAUUCUGAGGAGGAAGAUGGUGAUGCCAGUGAUCCUGCCGAGGUCACUGACGAUUCAGACUUUGAAGAUGAUGAUUAACUGCAGAACGGCUAAACUGUUAAAGUUUGUAUCAAUGACCUCGGCUAAACUGGCGAGGUCAUUUGUAUAUUUUUCUUCGACUCCGUUAUUCAUUUUAAUUCAACUUUAAUCGACAAUUUCUCCUCACAUUCUGUAUGAUGUCUCAUUGGAUGUAGGAUGUGUCAUAUAUACCAUACCAUAGUUUGAUUACUGCUUGGUAUAUUUUUCUAUAUCUAUAAGUUGAAAGUAACAAGUUGACAAGAAUACUAUCUUGUUUAUUCAUAGGAGUUGAAACUUGAAAGUAAUAAGUUG